UGAAGAGAGCGUACAAAGGACCUGCGUUCUGCCCUAAUGCUUCUGUUUCCCACACAAAAAGCUGAUUGGAAACUUGAGAAGAGCAUUUUUAUUCCUUGAUUUCCAAUGCAGACAUCUUGUUACAAGCCUGGGAUUUAUUACCCACCAAAGCAACUGUGCUGAAAAAUGCAUCGCAUUCUAUUGGACAGGAAAGAAGCCUUGUCUCUGCAAGUGCCCUUGACCCCAAGAACGGCCUGUGUCCUGAGAAAAAGCAGCUAUGGUGAAGAGAAACACGCGUUCCUCUGUUUUGACAGCCAGUAUCCUCUCCGGGCAGAUGCAUCACCCAACGCCAUGCACAGUGAAGGGAAAUUCUGCCCCAAGGAAAACACUUUUAGGGAGAUUCCAAGGAUCAAACUCAGGCCAUUUGAACCAUCUGUUCACAGAGUAGCUCGGGGCCCCGGGGCGUCCUUGGAGAGGGAAGAACGAGCCAGGGGCAGCGCAGCUCCCCGGGUUCCUCUUCUUCGCGUCCUCGGUGCACCGCAGGCGUCAUUUUCAAAGGGGCCGGAUAGUUUACGUCCUGCAGGCACGGAGGAGUCAGGAGGCUCAGGCUGUGCAGGGACUGGCGGAGAGCAGAGGUGCCCAUUCUGUUAUGCUGUCAGAGGCAGAAGAGUCCGUAUAACUUCAUGGUUGUUGAAGAUUCAAGAGGAUCAGCUGAUCCAUGUCACCCUCGUGCCCAGUGUCAUGCCCGUCAGCGAGGCUGAGGGCACAGCGGCUGGGAGACCCUCCUCUGCCAACCGUCGGAGUUCAUUUUGA